AGGUGCAGGCUGAGGGCUGAGCUCCUUCCUUAUGACAUAAGACUUUAGGGAAUAAGGAAUGAGGGUUUUGCGCGCACUGAGCCUGGAUGUGGGCUGCAGAGUGGAUCAAUACCCCGCCAGCUCCAGGAUGAUCUGAUGGGGGUGGUAGUUACAUGAUGGCCACCUCCAGGCUGCUGCCCCAGGAGCCUCCUCAUCAGUGAUUCCUGCUGGAUGUGGAAGAGUUGAGGAUUUGGGAAGUGGACAGGAGACUUUCUUCCAGGUGGUGGGGUGGGGGACAUUUUGGAAACUGUGAAGCUUUUUUUUCUCUUUGGCUUGCGUUUUUUUGCUUUGUGCUGAGCUGAUAGAGAGGAGCAGGGACAGGAUGCCGGGGCUGAAGUCAGUGCGCUCCUGCCGGGAGCUGUCCGCGGUGCUGGCCGCCCUGACCUGCGCUCUACUGCUCCGAGCCUCCCCUGCCCGGGCACAGAACGACACCGAGCCCAUCGUGCUGGAGGGCAAGUGCCUGGUGGUGUGCGACUCCAACCCGGCCACCGACUCCAAGGGAUCGUCCUCAUCACCGCUGGGGAUCUCCGUCAGGGCAGCCAACUCCAAGGUGGCAUUCUCCGCGGUCAGGAGUACCAACCAUGAGCCGUCCGAGAUGAGCAACAAAACCAGGAUUAUCUACUUCGAUCAGAUCUUAGUAAACGUGGGAAACUUUUUCACCCUGGAAUCAGUGUUUGUGGCACCAAGAAAAGGAAUCUACAGCUUCAACUUUCAUGUAAUAAAGGUUUACCAAAGUCAAACAAUACAGGUUAAUCUGAUGCUCAAUGGGAAGCCUGUCAUCUCAGCUUUUGCUGGGGACAAAGAUGUCACUCGUGAGGCAGCUACCAACGGAGUUCUUCUGUAUUUGGAUAAAGAGGACAAAGUUUACUUAAAACUAGAGAAAGGCAAUCUGGUUGGAGGUUGGCAGUACUCCACCUUCUCUGGCUUUUUGGUGUUCCCUCUGUGAAGUCUGUGACAAUCACCCUGGUGCAGGUAACUGGACAAACCCUUCACCUUUGUUAUGGAAGAUCAUUUUUGUCAUUGAUGGAUUGGUGUCUCUCUUGACCGACUUCUCAUGGUGGAAUUUGGAGUCAACUUCUAAGAACAUUUCAAAGAAAAUCUUUUGUGUGUUUGCAGUAUGCCUGGAGUCCAUCAGACAAUGAUUAUAUAUGCCUAAUGUUACAAGUCUGAAGCUGCCUGCAACUUUUACUCAUUGAAAGGAAUUUCUUUGCCUAAAAGGGAGGAAAAAAAUAGCCAAUGCAAGGAGGAAGAAGGAGGCCAAUUUAGCUAAUUUCAUAGCGGAUUGUCCUAUUAUCAAUAACAAAUGAAAGCCUAAUAUUAUUUAUAUGAUAAGAAUACGUCACAAUGUUGGUUGUAAUUAUCUUGGCAUUGUUUCACCAAUGUUAACUAAAUGGACGAUCAAAAAGUGAUAUUUUCAUGUAAUCUUGUGAACGUGUAAUGCUAACCAGAUGGUUGGGAGUUAAAGGGGAAGUAUCAUUGCUUGUUGACAACCUACAGAUUUGACCCUCACAUAGUAUUAUUAUAUGCUUCUUAUUUACCUAUUGUGUGCCCUGUAUUAAGUGUUACAGUAUGGUUUCUACAUUGUAGCAGCUUGAGACUCUCUCGUUGAUGACAAGCCCAGUCCUCAUUGGUGUCCCGUUUAGGGCAUGUCCAGAGUACCAUUAUGUAAUCUGUCAAGUCACUUUGACCAAAUGAGCUGCAGAUACCAUGCUAUGUUCCCACUCAGUUUUUUUUUAGCAGUUUUUGAGCCUAAUGUUGGUCAGUAUUUUUACUAAAACCAGAAGUGGAACCAACACAGAGAAAAACUAUGGUAACAAAUUGUAUAUUUGUCUGUGACCCACUCCUGGUUUUUAAGGCACAAAAAGCUUCUCAAAAGUUGAACAAAACCAUACACAGACGUACAUAAAAUACAUGCCAGGGCUGCAGUUGAUGGUGAAAUAGUAACUUUUAAAAUCUCCCUUUUCCAAGUGGCACAAGUGUCCUGAAGGUGUAGCCAAGCUGCCUUAGUGCCACAGCAUCUCUCUCCUCCUGGAUAUCCCCACCAUGUGCUGCAUUAUUGACAUGCAGGGCUCUGUUCUCUAAGCUAAGCCCUGCACAACAAUCAUUCCAGACAGGGAGGGGUAGAGAGGAGGCAAGAGAUGCCGUGGCAAUAAAGCAGUUUGGCUCCACCUGUUGGACACUUGGAAAAUGAAGAUUUGUUUUAAUUGAAUAAUUCACUCCCAACUGAGGCACUGUUAUGUUAUUUACGUAAAUGGCUUUGGUUGUAAGAUGUAUUUGCAUAAGGAGAUAGGUGCCACUAUACUGACAGGGUAUGCCUACCUUUGCCUACCUUUCUUUACUCCAAUGUACCAAAAUAAAACAUAAACCAGCAUUGCAAACACGCUUGAUUGUAUAUGCCUGCCAUUUUAUGUAUACCAUUCCUAUGCAGAGUCACAAAUCCUGUAUACAGUCUGAUCCUCAUGCAUUAUACUCCACCUUCUUAUUAACCUCCUCCUGAGCACUGUAGAGGCUUCUGUGAUCAGUACUUGUCCCACACAUAGGACCUCAUGUAUCAAUAGUUAAUUAAUUUUUUCCAUUUUCAUAGUGAAUUUCUAUUGAGUUUUUCUUCCUAUUCAUGAAUGUGCUUUAAAAGGGUACUCUGCUGGAAAACAUUAUUAUUAUAUAUUUUUUUUUAAACAACUGGUGCCAGAAAGUUAAACAGAUUUGUAAAUGACUUCUAUUAAAAAAUAUUAAU